AGGAGCUGUCGGAAGGGGGAGGAGGGCGGGAGGAAAAAGAGGAGGAGGCGGAGGAGAACUGAGCUGAGCAGAGCAUCGAGCCAAAGGGGAGAUGAGUUUGUCUGUCCUCGGUUGAGGCUCCGGCCGGGCCUAGGGAACUGGGAGCCCGGGUUGGAGCGACACCCGUGGAAGUGGGAGGAGGUGGCUCUGGGACUUUAACCCCUUGUGGGCUCUGCGGCAGGGGAUUUAACCCUUUGUGGAUCCAGCCCCUCGGAGUCAGCGUCAUCGGGUAGUUUUAACCCUUUCGGGGCUGGGUUUAACCAGUUGGAUUUAACAUCUCGUUGCCCACCAACUCCUCGAUAGCGGGGCGCUCUGCGGGGAGGCUUGAGGCCCACCCCCUCUGCACAUUACGUACUGUUUUGCUGCUGCACCCCCUUGGACCCGCUAGCUGGCCGCGCUGUGAGCGCUUAACCCUUUACUGACUUGAACUCCCCAAGUUGCAGUUGGAGUUUGCUGACAGAAGGACUGGCUAAAGGCAUCACUGCAGGAAUUACAGACCGAAGAGGACUGUGUUGGACAUUUUUGAAAAGAAAAGAAAAACCUCUUUUUUCUUUAAGGACUUAACAGCCAAAAUUCUUCAAACUUCGAGAAGAGGAUUCUAUUAGCCAUGGAUGAGCCACUCUUGUCAGAGUAUCAGCACCAGCCUCAAACUAGCAACUGUACAGGUGCCGCUGCUGUACAUGAAGAGCGGAACCCCGAUCGCCCCCCAGGCGCGGAGGAGCGAGUGCCCGAGGAGGACAGUAGGUGGCAAUCGAGAGCGUCCCCCCAGUCGGGUGGCCGUCCGGGACAGGAGGGGGAAGGGAGCCAGGAGCCUCAGCUGCCUCCCUUGCAAACCCAGGUCAGCCCAGAAUCCAGCUGCCCUGAAGCGGGUGAGAAGGGCCAGAAUGGGGACGACUUGUCCGCUGGCGGAGCUCCUCCGCCGACGGCGGGAGGGGAACAGAGGCCCGAGGCCAACAAAUUGGGGGCUUCUGCUGCAGGGGGCGAGGAGGCGUGGGGACAGCAGCAGAGACAAUUGGGCAAGAAAAAACAUAGGAGACGCCCCUCCAAGAAGAAGCGACUUUGGAAACCGUACUACACGCUAACCUGGGAAGAAAAGAAAAAGUUCGACGAGAAAGAGAGCCUUCGAGCUUCGAGGAUUCGAGCCGAGAUGUUCGCCAAGGGCCAGCCGGUCGCUCCCUAUAACACCACGCAGUUCCUCAUGGAUGAUCACGACCAAGAGGAGCCGGAUCUUAAAACCGGCCUCUAUCCCAAACGGGCUGCUGCCAAAUCCGACGACACCAGCGAUGAGGACUUUAUGGAAGAAGCAGGCGAGGAGGAUGGGGGCAGCGACGGAAUGGGAGGAGACGGCAGCGAGUUUCUGCAGCGGGACUUCUCGGAGACCUACGAGCGGUACCACGCGGAAAGCCUGCAGAACAUGAGCAAGCAGGAGCUCAUCAGAGAGUACUUGGAGCUGGAGAAGUGCCUCUCGCGCAUGGAGGACGAGAACAACCGGCUGCGGCUGGAAAGCAAGCGGCUGGGCGGCGGCGACGACGCGCGUGUGCGGGAGCUGGAGCUGGAGCUGGACCGCCUGCGCGCCGAGAACCUCCAGCUGCUGACGGAGAACGAACUGCACAGGCAGCAGGAGCGAGCACCGCUGUCCAAGUUUGGAGACUAGGCUGAAACUUUUGGGGGGAGGGAGCAACGGGGACUUUUUACAGUGAUGGAAUGUAACAUUAUAUACAUGUGUAUAUAAGACAGUGGACCUUUUUAUGACACAUAAUCAGAAAAGAAAUCCCCCCUGGCUUUGGUUGGUUUGGUAAAUUUAGCUAUGAUGUAGCUUGUGUGCUUUAUCCUCUUCUUUAAUUAUGUGAAACUGAAGGGUUGCUUUUCUUGUUUUCCUUUUUAGAAGUUUUUUCCUUUUUUAAUGUGUAAGUAAUUUGACCAAGUUAUGCAUUUUUCUGUUAAAAACCCCCUCCUUAAAUGGAGCUAUAAGGUGGCCAAAUCUGAGAACCAUUAAAUCCAUUCUAGUUAUAAUAAAUUUAAUAUUUGUAAAUGUAA